AUGCUUAUAGAACUGAUAAAUAAAUUUGGGCUUUUCAAAAAAAAUCUCACAUUGUUACAUUUCCAUUUGUAUUUUAGGUUACUGUUGACUUGCCUCUGUCAAUCUGAAGUGGCUAAUAUUUGGGUAGAGAGAAUCAAACAAAGUCCGUCUGUCUAUAACUGUUUCUGCUUUAUCAUGUCUAGUUCUACAAAUGUGGACUUGCUGGUAAAAGUUGGUGAAGUGGUUGAUAAGUUGUUUGAUUUGGAUGAAGAAUUAAUGAUAAACUGGAUUAAAAAAGAUUCUUGUCCAUCAGCGGAACAGCCCACAGAUGAUUCUCCAGAUGAUGUUCCUGAUUUUAAAAUUCUACCUUGUCUGCUUGAAGCUGCAAAACAAGUUUGCUCAGAUAAUUCUGAAGGACUUGAAGUUUAUAUGCAUAUUCUACAGCUGCUCACUACAGUGGAUGAAGGCAUUCAAACAAUUGUCAAAUCUUCUGAUAGAGGAAAGGAAACAUGGAGCCUGCUCUAUAAUCUCUUUUGCAAUGAACUCUGCCAGCCAGAUGAUCCACCAAUUAUUGUUCAAGAACAGAAAACCCUGUUGGCUUCUAUUUUAUCUGUGCUGACAGCCAUUUUUGCUUCACAGACAAAUCAGGACUACGUAAAAAUGGGAAGGAAUCUGGCUCUGAUUGAUAGCGUGAUUAGAGUGUUACAAAAUAUGGAUGAAUGUGAGAAGAGAUCUGUAGACAGCUCAAAGAAAUCCCAGACAGAAGAGUGUGAGAAAUUGGAAAUAGUUGAGGAAGAUUUCCAUUUAAAAAUCUUGAAGGACAUCUGUUGUGAAUUACUCUCCAAUAUGCUCCAGGAAUUAACAGUGGAAAACAUAUUGGAGGGGCUCAAGCAAGGUCAUAUAAAUGAACAGAAAUGCUCCUGUGCAUUUCAAAAUCUCCUUCCAUUUUAUUCAUCUUCGGUGGAGAGUUUUCUUGAAGUGCUGCAUGGAGCAGAUCAGACUCUUGCUGACAACUUAAGCAAAAGCUUCCCAAGUUUGAAACUCGAGGCAUAGGUCCAUGUGUCUAUUUUGCUGCAACGAGACUGUAUAAAAUGUGUUUCUCUUUGAAGAAAGAAUUCCAAGCCAAUUGAAACCUAUAUGAGAAUACUUUUAAAAUGGAAGCGAUAGAGCAAAUGGUCUGGAAAAACAAGCUCCCUGAAGACUGUUUAGCAUCUGCAGCUCUCUGCAUUUUUAAAGUGUUGUAGGUGGUGACAAAAUGCAACAUAAUUUUAUAUCUUAGUAGCUAUUGAGGUUGUAAAUUUCAGCUAAAAAUGAACAACCCUUCAUCUAAGUCUGAAAAAGGUGCUCCUUUUCCUGUAUUAAUGAUAAAAUUAGUUAAGUGUUUUUUUUCCUACAGAGAAUAGUUGGGUUAAUUUGGUUUGUUUGUCUUAACAGCGUUUUAAAAAAAAUGAUUCAAAAAGUUGUACCAAUGUGAAGCUUAGUUAUAGUAACAUCCAAAACUAGAGAGUUUUGUAACUAAUAAACAAGUAUUCA